AGACGAACCCGAAGCAGGUCCUCGAGCUGCGAGCCACCCUCCACUUGCCUCUCAACGUAGUCAGCCAGAGGGACGGAUGUGGCACAAAGAACCACCUUCUUUCUAAACGCCUCAUCACCCCAGCCACGCACUCAGGCGCGGCGCCCCGUCCCGAGCGGUUCUCGGAAGUUUCCCGCUCCUCCCCUAAUCGCCCUCCACGCACGCCGGAUCGCGACCGGAACGUGGAGAACCAGUGGUUGUUCCUCCCCUAAAGCACAGCAUAAAUUUGGAGAGCUGCAUCUAAACUGCGUGUGGGUCCGGGCUCUUUUAGGUGAAGAGCGCUCGGCGGAUCGACUUCCUCGAUUAUCUCCGUGGCCUGGACCCGCCCCCUCCGCCUGGCGCCAGGCCGCCGAGCGCCGAUCGGCUCGAUGAGCGGAGGCGCUGUUGCUGCGCUGCGGCCGACGCCGGGUUCGCACCAGCUGUCUCCCACUCCCAGCUUUUUACCUCGGCUUCCCACUCCUUCCCCCGCCCGCCCAGCACCGCCAGCCCGGGAGAGCUGCCGGGAGUUCCCCGGGAGCCUCAGGCGGUGACUAUCCUGUUGAGAAGCAGAAAAUACUUCGCAAGUAAAAAAUAUGCCUCCCAAGUUUAAGCGCCACCUCAAUGAUGAUGAUGUCACGGGUUCUGUGAAAAGUGAAAGGAGAAAUCUUUUGGAAGAUGAUUCAGAUGAAGAAGAGGACUUUUUUCUAAGGGGACCAUCUGGACCAAGAUUUGGACCUAGAAAUGAUAAAAUUAAGCAUGUUCAGAAUCAAGUGGAUGAAGUUAUUGAUGUCAUGCAAGAAAAUAUUACAAAGGUAAUUGAGAGAGGGGAGAGACUAGAUGAACUACAGGACAAAUCAGAAAGCUUAUCGGAUAAUGCAACAGCUUUUAGCAACAGAUCCAAACAACUUCGAAGGCAAAUGUGGUGGCGUGGAUGCAAAAUAAAAGCCAUCAUGGCUUUGGUUGCUGCUAUCCUUUUGCUAGUGAUUAUCAUUCUUAUAGUCAUGAAAUACCGUACUUGAUUUGAUGACAGAGAUCUUCAUUAAACAAGAUCUGGGACAGUAAUAAAAGAUUGCUGCAUAAUUUAAAUGAAACCUAUGUGUAUAUAACUUUCAAAACUUCUUUUUCAAGAAACUAAGAGGCAAGUAUCACUUCAAAUUGGAACGUUGAGAAUGUCCAAUUAUCUUCUCCCCUUCUAACAAAAUGUUCUUUUAAUAAUUACGUUUAAGGCAAAGAGAACUAGCCUCUAUUUUUCCAUAUUUCAAGGAUCUAAUUUGAAACUAGAUACUUGCCAGUUCACUAUUUGUGUAUAUAGUUAAACACUGAUUAUAAUAUUUCAUACUAAUAUUUUAAUGGCAUAAGGACUUGCAUUACUGCAUUAGGGAGUGGGUCAUGCUGGGGAUCAGGAAGCCUGUAUAGACUACCAAAUUAUAUGCUGAAAGAGAUGCAUAACCAUUCUGUCAAUAUUUGCAGAAAUAUAGUUCCUUUCAUAUUACAGUUGUUUUGCAAGCAAUUUCCACAUUUAUAGGUGUAACAAAAGCUAAAUGUUGUAAAUGUUGUUGCCUUCAGCUAUAACUAGAAACAUUCCAGUAAAUAAUUUUUGACUGUGUAAGAGAAUGUGUAGUAAUUUUUUUGGCAUUUGGAUUAUGGAAAUGGAAAUUUUUAAACAGUGUGAAAAAACAUGGUAUGGCACCAUAAAACUGGAGAUAAUAAAGUUAUUGAAGAGUGUCA